AUGGCUGUCCACGUCAGCGCGCAUCGUCCGUUGGUCGGCGUCAGCAGCGGCCUUAACGCUCAUCGGCGCGCUUUCGGCGUGCGAAUCCCCGUUAGUAGCUCUUCCUCGUCUGCCUUUAUCGGGAACGGCGGGAUUAUGCGGGGUGUGGCCGGCAAUGACCGCGAAAUGGUCGACAGAAACGGCGGAUUUCGACGAGCGAUGCUGAUCGCGGCGUCAUUGAUGGGAGGCGGAGCUGCUGCUGCUGGCACCGCUGCUGCCUCCAAUGCGGCCAUGGCGGAAGAUCUCACUGCUUCAUCUGGACCCACAUUGGCGUCAGCAACAGAAUCAGACUCAGAAUCGGAUCUCAACUCAGGAUACGCUCUGCCGCCAGCGGAGAUCCUGUCCAUCGUGGAUGCGCCGCCCAAUCCCGCGCUGUCGUUUAGUCCGAAGCGGGAGAGGGUACUGUUCAUGCACCGACCUUCGCUGCCGCCCAUUUCCGAGCUGGCUCGGCCGGAGCUGAAGCUGGCUGGGGUGAGGAUCGACCCCGAGGCUCACAGCCGCAGCAGAAUGUCGUUCUACACGGGGGUGACCAUCCACAGGGUGAAUGGCGACGACACACUCGGGGACGCGGUGGACAUCACAGGGCUGCCUCCGGGCAGCAAGAUCAACUUCCUCUCCUGGUCACCAGACGGCCAGCACUUGGCGUUCACAGUGCGCGGCGACGGCGAGGAGGGCGACAAUGGCGAGAAGCAGGCAGGCCGCCAGCUGUCACUCUGGGUGGCUGACGUGGCAACAGGCAAGGCGAGGCAGCUGCUGGGGCCGCCGCAUGCAGCCAUCAACGCUGUCUUCGACUCCUAUGCGUGGCUGGACGGCAGCACGCUCAUCGCGAGCAUCAUCCCCCCAGGCCACCCGCCUCUGCCCACGCGCCCUGCCGUCCCCCCCGGGCCCAAGAUCUCGGACAACCAGGGGGGCAUGGCAGCGCAGUCGCGCACGUUCACGGAUCUGCUCAAGGACGAGUUUGACGCCCGCCUGCUGGAGCACUUUGCGCUCUCUCAGAUAGUGAAAAUUGAUAUUAAUGACCCGGAGGGAUCGAUGACGCCCAUUGGCCCACCGGACAUGUACAUGUCGGUGGAGCCAUCACACGACGGCAAGUACCUGCUGGUGGAGCGCAUGUGCCGCCCCUUCUCCUUCGAGGUGCCCUGUGAGUCAGAGGCAGUGAGGGGGGACGUAGUGGGUGCAGUGCAGUGCAGGGUGCUGCAGCAGAGGCCCUGUGGCCGCUUUCUCCGCCGCGUGGAGGUCUGGUGCAGCGGCACCGGUGACGCUGCACCAGUGACAUGCUGCAGGUGGGGAGAGGGGGGUUCUGUGAACGCAGAGCAGUGGAGCAGCCCAGCAAUGGACGCCGUGUCAUCAUUCUCCUGCCGCAUUGCCGUGCGGCCCGGCGACACAGCGAGAUGGUGCCAGCCAGUGAUGUGUAGGACGAGUGCAGCCCGUGAGCCGUCUCCCCCUUGUUUCCCUCCCUUGCCUCCCUGCGUCUCCACUUCUGCCAUCUCUCUGCCUUCCUCCCCUUGCUCUGCGUCCUUUUCUGUCUCCACUCUCCUCCAACCUACCCAGCUGCUGCCGUUUCUCCCUCACUUCCGUGACCAGACAGUGGCAAAAUCAAAUCUCUGUGCCUCUACCAAUGUGCCUCUCCUACUGUACUUCCCUCACAUUGCACAGCUGGUGGCGGACCUACCGCUGGCGGACAACAUCCCAGUGACCUUCAACUCAGUCAGGACGGGCCGCCGCAGCAUCAACUGGCGCCCUGACGUGCCCAACUGCCUCUACUGGGUGGAGACGCAGGACGGGGGAGACGCCAAGGUGGACGCCUCUCCACGUGACAUCGUGUACACACUUCCAGCUGACCCCAAGCCCGGCCAGCAGCCUCAGGAGCUCUGCUGCCUCGACCUGCGCUACGGGGGUAUCACAUGGGGCGAUGAGGGACUGGCUCUGGUCUAUGAGAGCUGGUUCAAGACUCGCCGAACCCGAACCUGGGCCAUAGCCCCGGGCGGUGCCUCCGGACCUCUUCCUCCGGACCAGCGUCCCCCGCCGAAGCUCAUCUUCGACCGGUCCUACGAGGACCGGUAUUCCGACCCUGGCAGUCCACUCCUGCGUCGAACCAGCAUGGGGACCUACGUGCUGGCGCAGGUUCGGAUGCCAGAUGGCGCGCUGCGAUUGCUCCUCGCCGGGGACGGCGCCAGCCCGGAGGGCAACGUGCCGUUCCUUGACCUGUUUGACUGGCAGAGCGGGGAGAAGGAGCGUGUGUGGCGCAGCGACACAGACAAGUACUUUGAGACCAUGUACUCGCUGCUAGGGGAUCAGGAGGAGGGGCCCAUUGACUUGAAGGACUUGAAGCUCAUUCUGUCCCGCGAGUCCAAGGAUGACCCUCCACAGUCGUUCGUCAGGAGGUGGGCGGACGGGUCAGAGGUGCAGCUGACGAACUUUCCGCACCCCUACCCAUCCCUCCGCGGCCUCUCCAAGGAGAUCAUCCGCUACACGCGAUCCGACGGUGUGCAGCUCACGGCCAAGCUCUUCCUGCCGCCCGGCUACAACCCCGCUACAGACGGGCCGCUGCCCACGGUGCUGUGGGCGUACCCCCGCGAGUACAAGAGCAAGGAGGCCGCGGGGCAGGUGCAGGGCUCGCCCAAUCAGUUCCCGGGGAUCGGGGCGUCCUCACCGCUGCUGUUCCUCGCUAGAGGGUAA